GCAUUACAGUUUCCCUCGCUUCUCAGCUUCUGGGAGCUUAGUUGAAAAUGGCGGACUGGCGGCGUAGGAAAUGAAAGAAGGUGAUUUAGUAUUUAAAUGUACACUGUUCGUGUGACUUGGUCCCGGGAUCAAGACAAAGUUGCGGACCACUUGGUGACGUUGACAAAGUGAACAUUCCCGCUAAACGGUCAGGAGAAGGGUAUUUGCAGAACGACCACUACAGCAUUACACAAGAAUUCUUAUUAAGCACAUCUGUAAGCUGAUAACCAGCCAUAAUCAAAGAUGAGCGACCUUCUGACAAGAAGUUUUCGGGCCCAGCUGACCCUCAACAUGGAGGCAACCCUGAAAAAAGCUGUAUGUGACAUAAUGAGGAUCUUUGAGGACAGCCUACAUGACCAUCAAUUGGAGUUGGUGCAGAAAGGCGAAGAAGUUGCACAUCUUAAAGUAAAGUUGCAGACUGCAGAGCUCAAGCUGAGAGACUGGGAUUGUAAACUUACCCAAGAAGCGGAGAAGAGUAAAACUCACAUCAAUCCCCAAGAAGCUGAGCAGAGUACAAAUCACAUCAGUGAGACUCAAAGAGAGCCUGGAGUUGACAUGAACCCAUCUGGACAAACUACUGAUGUUCCUGAGAUUGACUAUGAAGUGCCUGAUGACUGGUGUGCUCCCAUGGCUAAUGAAACAACAAUCCCCAAGCAAGAUGACAUUGUGUGUCCAAGUAUAAGACUUCGGCGACUGCUGAUUCCUGUGCACCGCAUUCCAAUCAUCAAGCAGGAGGUGAUCAGCCAUGACAUUGACCAGCAAACAAAGGGUGUCAGUAGAUCCACAAGAUGUUCCAUAGUAAAUAAGAGUGAGCACACUCAAGACAAAAUCCUACUAAACUGUGUCCCAGGGGGGCGAGGCAACGUAAAUGACCUUCUCCUCGACAUAAGAGAGGAAAAUGUGAAUAUCAGUAAGUCUACUGAGGAGACAGUGGAAAAUAAUGGUGAAAAGCAUUCCUGCAAACUUUGUGAGAAGGUAUUUGAUACAGAGUUUGGCCUAGGCGUGCACACACAAUCACACACGAGGUGUCGAGGUUGCAGAAAAGUGUUUCCUUUACCAAAUAGUCUUGGAUCUCAUGAACAAAACUGCAGAAAAUUGAAGAGAUUGUUGUCAAGGAUAGCAAGGAGAGCAUUAGACACCAAUCGAACCUCUGGCCACCGUAGUGAUACGUCAGUUCAGAGAGUUGAACCCACCAAGAAACACUCCUGUGUUUACUGCCACGACAAGUUCUUUACAAGGAAAAAACUCAGGGAACACAUGCGUGUUCAUACUGGUGAAAAACUAUUUAGAUGCAGUAUCUGCCCAAAUAAAUUCACCACCAACUUGUCACUCAAAACGCACAUAAGGAAAAUUCACCACAGCCAAAUGAAUCCCAGUGAGCCUCAAGGAGACCUUGCUUGGACCAUGCCUCUAGAAGACACAGAAGCUUCUGAGUAUUUGAAUUUGUCCAGCAAAGACGCUCAAAACAAUGUCCAGAGAGAACACAGUCUGCGCAAAAUGUGUGAAUGGGAAACCAUGGGUAAACACAGGUCCAAUGGUUAUAUCUGCUCCGUUUGUCAGAAGUUAUUAAAAACCAAAUUCAGUUUGGUUGAACACUAUCGUAUCCACACGGGAGAGAAGCCGUUAAAAUGUCAUGAUUGUCCAGCAAUGUUUCGUACUGUUCAACAUCGUUGCAUGCACCGAAAAAGAUACCAUUGUGUUAAGGGGCUGCCGCAGUGUGAGAAGUGCAAGAAGCUGUUCUAUUCAAAGACAAGAUAUAAUACGCAUGUGUCCAAAUGCUCAGAUAAAAAGCCUAUUACCUGCAAGGAUUGUGGAAAAGGCUUCUACAGGAAAGGUCACUUCUUGAAUCACAUGACGCGUUACCACAGUUAAGUCACUGUACCGUUCACGUCCCCCAUCGGGACGAAAGACUGGACUUUCUGGGAUCGAUCAGCUUUCAUCGCCAGAUUUAGUUCAACUUUGUUUUUACUUUUUAUGAGGUGUGAUCCUAUUAGUUAUAUUAUAAUAUUAUUUUCAUAUCAGUAUACCCCAUUUCUGUUGAAUAUCAAUAUUACUGUGAUACAAUAAAAUAUACUGAAAUCAGAAUUUUUUAAUUUGGGUGAAUACAUGAAAGAAUUUGUGUGUGUGUUAAUGCAUCUGUCUAAUGCAACACUAUGGAACAAGACGGAAUGCUGCUAAUUUUUUGAGUAUGACAUGUCAGGCCAGUUUGAUGAGUAAAAAAAAUCUUAAUUCAUGUUCCAUAUUCACCACCAGGUGCUACUGUUCUACCAUCGACUAUUUGUUGCAAUAACAAUAAAAAGUAGUUUGAAUACA